AACUUUCUCACUGGCACUUUCAUCUAGAUUUACUAGUGAAUAAUGACCAUUUUACAACUUUGGUUGUGAGAAAGAUUUGAUGAUACCACUGGCUAAAGAGAAUAAGUUGAGUGAGCUCAAGGAAAAUUGGUGAUUGGUGAAUGGUGAGAUGCCACUGGUGAAUGGGAAGAACUUGACUCUGGACAGGCCAUCAAGAAUGGGUAUAGAAAGAGGCUCAGGAUCAUCGGAGAAGGAUCAGGAUCUUCCUAGUACCUCCACUGAUCAAUCCAAGAAAUACUAUCGCCCCCUUGGCAAGAGGUCAUCAGAAGAGAACUCGUGGUGAGCAAGAAAGUGCGAUGAGUCCCAUCAUGAUGCAUCGGGAGGAAAGUGAAGUGAAUCAUGUUGACGAGUCCACCUCCCUUCAUAAUAGCCCCUCCGUCCCUUUACAAUACAAGAGGGAGAUGUCACAUAGGGUGUUUGUAAAUCGGAGUCUGCAUCUAGAGAAAAUCAAGUUCUUUGGCUUCGACAUGGAUUACACUCUUGCCAGUUACAGGAGUCCUCAAUAUGAGACAAUGGGGUUUGACCUGAUCAGGGAGAGAUUGAUUUCGAUUGGGUAUCCAGAAGAUUUGCAAAAUUACGUUUAUGAUCCCUCCUUCCCCAUCAGGCCUGAAGUAUACAGUCUGUACCCAAAUAAGUUCAUCCAACUUGAUGAAUCUCGUGUGUAUAUCUUGAACACUCUCUUCAAUCUCCCUGAGACAUACAUGCUUGCCUGCAUCAUUGAAUACUUCUCCCAAGGAACAACUAAUGACCAGAGAACUGCCAAAGGAGUGCGUCUAGGAAACUGCUUCAUGUCCUACAAGAGCAUCUUCCAGGAUGUGAGGAAUGCAGUGGACUGGGUGCAUCUGAAGGGGUCUCUGAAGCAGAAGACUUUGGAGAACCUGGAAGAAUAUGUGCUACGUGAUGACCGCCUUCCUAUCCUCCUCUCUCGAAUGAGAGAGAAUGGAGCUAAACUCUUUCUUCUUACCAACUCAGACUACUUUUACACAUCCAAGAUCCUUGAGUAUCUAUUGCCUGAAAAAGAUGGAAAGGACUGGAAGGCUUAUUUUGACUACACAGUUGUGAAUGCAUCCAAGCCCCUGUUCUUUGAGGAUGGCACCAUCUUGAGGCAGGUGAACCCCACUACUGGUGCCUUGAAGCUGGGCAUGCACACUGGACCAUUGGAAGAGGGCUGUGUUUAUUCUGGAGGUUCUUGUGAUGUGUUCAGUGAUCUGAUUGGGGCCAAGGGGAGAGAUGUUUUAUACAUUGGUGACCACAUCUAUGGGGACAUUCUGAAGUCGAAAAAGAUCCGUGGCUGGAGGACAUUCCUUAUGGUCCCAGAAUUAGUCCAGGAACUCACAGUUUGGACAGAGAAAUGCAGUCUUUACCAGAAACUCCAGCACUUGGAUAUAAUCCUUGCUGACUUAUAUAGGGACCUAGACAGCAGCACCAGGGGGAAGCCAGGUGAAGUGGGACGAGUGCAGCGAGCCAUUCGGUCAGUGGCUCAUGAAAUGGAUCUCUCAUAUGGAAUACUUGGGAGCCUCUUUCGAGCUGGAUCUCAGCUCACCUUCUUUGCCAGCCAAGUCUCUCGUUAUGCUGACCUCUAUGCACCCACCUUCCUCAAUCUCAUCUACUAUCCUUUCUCUUACAUGUUCCGUGCUGCUCCCAUGUUUAUGCCACACGAGUCAACAGUGGCACAUGAGCAGCAGCCUCCUGAUACUCCAAUCCUGUCUCGCUCUCGCCGGGAUUCUCUCAUCUUGAGUCUCAUGGAAAAUGACAAGAAUGACCCAGAAUCAGGGAAGUUGGAGAGAAGUAGCAGUGUGCAGAUUCCAUCUCUUCCCAAGAUGGACACCAUGCUGCAUGAUGAUGAAGAUCCUGAUGAAGAUGAGGCUUCUCCAAAAUCCUCUUCUGAUUGAUAUUAUAUUACCUCUUCUUUCUUUUGAGUUUCUCUUUUCUCAUCUUCUUUUUGUCAUUUUAUCAUGGGAUGAAGGAAUUCCAGGUGUUGAUAGUCCUGCCAGUCUAGUCUAUGAGGACAUAACCAAUAAGAAUCAUGCCAAAGUGUCUUACCUUUUGGGUGUUCAUCAUAGAGUAUUCUUUUUUCUCAUUAUUGCACUCCUAUCUUGCUUCUUUUUGGUGUGCUUUUGCUUUGUGUCCAAUAUGCUUGCAGAGAAUCUCUACUACACCAGUAUGUUAUGCAGAUGUUCUUUUGUACCACAAAUAGCUAGUGGCCAAAACUAUAUUAAAUUGUGAUCAUUUUGA